AUGUCGGUCCUAAAGGAAGUCAACGGCCCCGCCACGACGGCGUGGUGCCCCAUCAAGCGCCCGCGCGAUGCUGUCCUCGCGAUGGGCUCGCUGCGCGAAGGCAAGCAUGAGCUUGCGCUCUACUCGAUGAACAUGGCGGUACCUAGCCGGGCCAUGGAGCGCCUCGGCAGCGUCGCCACGUCGUCGCGGUUCCUCUCCGUCUCGUGGGCCGACGUGCUCAAGCACCGCGCGUCCUGCUCUCUUGGUGUCAUUGCCGGCGGCAUGGAAGACGGUACCGUGUGUCUCUGGAGCGCCAACAAGGUCUUGCACAGCGACCCUACGCUGCUCGGGUCGGUCACGAAGCACAAGGGCGCGGUCAACGCGGUGCAAUUCAACCCGCGGCCCGAUAGCUCCCACUUGAUUGCCUCGGGCGGCGCGGACGGCGAGAUGUACAUUACGUCGCUUGCCAAGCUCGAGAAGCCCAUGAUCUUUGCGCCUGGCCCGUCCAUCGCGCAGGCAGGCCAGGAGAUCACGACGGUGGCGUGGAACACGCAGGCCGCGUUCAUUGUCGCGUCCGGCUCGCAGUCGGGGACGACGACCAUCUGGGACUUGAAGCAGAAGCAGCCGUGGUGCCAGCUUCAUGACCCGUACGGUGCGCCGGCGUCGGUCAUUGCGUGGAGCCCGCACGAAGGCCUCCAGCUCAUCACGGCGUCCAACGAUGACGCGCACCCCGUCGUGCGGCUCUGGGAUCUCCGCGGGUCCAAGACGACGCCGCUCGCCGAGUUUUACGAGCACCGUGCUGGCAUCCUCUCGGCCGCGUGGAACCCCCAUGACGCCGGAUUCGUACUGACAAGCGCCCGGGACAACCGGACGUUGGUGUGGGAUUUGCACUCGAAUCAGUUGGCACUCGAAGUCUACGAUCAGCAAGCAGACGGCAGCUACUACAGCGGCGGGUACGAGCGCAGUCAUGUGCAGUGGUCGCCGCUCUCGCCUGGCCUCUUCUCGGCCGCGACGCCGGCGAGCACCCAAGUGCUUGGUGUGCACAGUCUCGGUGCACAGGCGUUGUAUGCGCCCGAGUGGACGACGCAAGCCGCGACCCCCGACGUCAGCGCCAGCGUGGCCAACCCGCUCGCGCUGGUAGACGCGGCGGACGCGCUCGAGAUCCGUGGCGUCGACGGCAAGGCGUUCUGCGACUACAAGAUCGGCGCCAUGGACGAGAGCAGUGUCGAGUGGGGCUUUCUCAAAAUCCUCUUUGCCGACGACGCGCGCAAGCAGCUGCUGUUGCACCUCGGUUUCGACGAAGACGAGAUCGAAGCCGAGGCGACGCGGUUCAUGGAUGCCAAGACAACACCCGGUGGCGACCCGUCGCUGCCGUCCGACCCGCUGCCCAUCUUUACGCGCGAGUCGGAGGAGAUGGUCAAGCGCGCGCUGCUGGUUGGCAACUUUGAAGCCGCCGUCGAGUGCUGCCUCCGACACAACCAGCUCGCAAACGCACUUUUACUUGCGACCUGCGGCGGCCCCGAGCUCUGGCACCGAACCCAAGAAGCGUUCUUCCAGCAGCAGCAGCGGCCCUUCAUGAAGAUUGUGGCCGCCAUCAUCAAGAAUGAGCUCGCGACGCUCGUCCAAGAGUCGGACGUGGCCAAGUGGAAGGAGACACUGGCCAUUUUGAGUACGUACUCGAAGAGCGAAGAGUUCCCGAACCUCUGCGACCAGCUCGCGCUGCGGCUCUAUGACGCGGGCGACGUGGCAUCCGCGACGCUCUGCUUUAUCUGUGCCAUGAACAUGGACCGCGCGAUCGCCAUUUGGGCAGACCGGGUGCACGCAACGGACGACGCAUCCAAGCCGCUCGCCAUCUUGCACGCUGUCGAGAAGAUCAGCGUCUUCAAGCAGGCGACGGGCCACGCGUCGUCGGCGGCGUUGCCGCUCUACAGCGAGUAUGCGUCCAUGAUGCUCUCGAUUGGGCAGCUCGACAUUGCGGCCAAGUACGGCAAGCACGACGCAGCCAUCAUGGAACGCCUGCAACAAGGUGCCCAACCGACGUACGCGCCGUCCUACCAGCAGCCGUCCUACCAACAGCCGUACGUCCCAGAGCCGACGCACCAGUCCCCGCCCCAGCCGCCGCAGGACUAUGCGCCAUCUCCCGAGAUGUACCAACCGCAGCAAGGCCACCACGAGUACGAGGCGCAGCCAGGCCACCAUGAGUACCCGGCGCCGCAGGAAUACACAGCACAGCAGGCGUACGCAGCACAGCACGACGUUGCGCCGCAGCCGACGCACGAAUAUGGUUUGACGCCACCUGCCCCCGACACCUUCCGUGCGCACGAAGGCAUGAACCUGGAGCCGGCGCACCAAGACCAGCCGCACGAGUCGCACGCCUCGGAGGCGCCAGCGGCGUACUCUUCCGAGUUUGCUUCGCACGACGACGACGUGCCGGUGGUCAAUACGUACGAGCAGCACGGGACGGAGCCUGUCGCCUACGAAGGAGUCCCGGCGUUGCAGCAGGAGGCGCAUUAUUUGGAGCCGCCGCACUCGGAGCCAAUCGGCCAGCCGACCGAAGACGCGCCGGUGCAAGCGCACUCUGCGCCGCCGACGCACCUGCAUGACGCGCCGAUCGAAGACGCGCUGCACGUCGACACGGCGCCCAAGCCGUUGCUACUCAACGCCGCACGCACCAAGUCGCCAGCGGCGCCCAAACCCGCAACGCCAAUAGUCGCUGCCAACACGCCGCCGUACGUUUCGUCGGUCGACUUGAGUGGCGUGCACGAAGACGACAUGGUUGUCGUGACGGCCGUGAGCGGCCUCAUUGGUGCUCUCGAGAUGCAAAAGCUGCCGCCGAUGGAAGCGCGGCAAUUGGGCGAGAUCAAGAAGGCGGCCGACGUGCUCUUUACCAAGCUCGGCCACGCUGCCGACUUGGGCGACGCGGUCCUCGACCUCAUCCACGACCUCGCGGGCGGCCUCGCAGCGCGGGACAUCAAGCAUGCGCAGCAAGUGCAUGUGCUCUUGACGAAGGACCACUGGGCCAAGCAAAAAGACUGGCUCAAGGGUCUCAAAGCACUCAUCCAAAUCGCCAUCAAGCGCAUUCGGUAG